UCAAAUCAUGACAGUGCCGGGAAAUGUCAUUUUUUUUUAAAAAAAAAAAAAGCACAGAUAUUUAUUCUUAAAAAGACAGAGGGAGAGAGACAGGCAUGCAAACAGAAACGUGCACAUACCACGUAGCCACCCGAGGAGAACCUGGCGGCCUCGCUCUUCUGCUGCCAAGUUAUCAUUGAGAAAACAGACAGGCAUCGUGACGUCCCGGGUCACAGCGAGUGCGGAUCGACGCUACCAAGAGCGAAGGGAGGCGCCUCCGCGCUCCGGCUAGCCGCGGGCGCCCCUCUGGCCCUCGCCGCCCGGCUCGGUGAGUGCAGCGCCGCUCGGGACGCGGACCCCGGGGGCCAGGCCGGGCCCGCGCCCGCGGGGGCAGCGCGGGGGGCCGUGCCCUUGCCGCCCGCCGGCCGCCCAGCACCCCCUCGCCGGCUGAGGUCGCGGGAGCCCAGCUAAAGGAGGCGUGUAGCUGACAAUUUACUGGCUCAUCAAUGAAACAAUAUUAAAUUAUGAAGAUGUAAGGAAAAAAUCCUUCGCUAACAUUGUUGCAGUUUGAAAGCUGUGUCUGUAUUGAAAAAAAGGACAGUUCGGAGCGUGCUGGCAUUUUGCUCCCUCCACAUCCAGCUCCCAUUCCUACUAGAGGCUUCUCUGCAGAAUGUCAAACAAAGAUCGACACAUUGAUUCCAGCUGUUCGUCCUUCAUCAAGACGGAACCCUCCAGCCCGGCCUCCCUGACGGACAGCGUCAACCACCACAGCCCAGGUGGCUCUUCAGACGCCAGCGGGAGCUACAGUUCAACCAUGAAUGGCCAUCAGAACGGACUUGACUCGCCACCUCUCUACCCUUCUGCUCCUAUCCUAGGAGGUAGUGGGCCUGUCAGGAAACUGUAUGAUGACUGCUCCAGCACCAUUGUUGAAGAUCCCCAGACCAAGUGUGAAUACAUGCUCAACUCGAUGCCCAAGAGACUGUGUUUAGUGUGUGGUGACAUCGCUUCUGGGUACCAUUAUGGGGUAGCAUCAUGUGAAGCCUGCAAGGCAUUCUUCAAGAGGACGAUUCAAGGUAAUAUAGAAUAUAGCUGCCCUGCCACGAAUGAAUGUGAAAUCACAAAGCGCAGACGUAAAUCCUGCCAGGCUUGCCGCUUCAUGAAGUGUUUAAAAGUGGGCAUGCUGAAAGAAGGGGUGCGUCUUGACAGAGUACGCGGAGGUCGGCAGAAGUACAAGCGCAGAAUAGAUGCGGAGAACAGCCCCUACCUGAACCCUCAGCUGGUUCAGCCAGCCAAAAAGCCAUAUAACAAGAUUGUCUCACAUUUGUUGGUGGCCGAACCGGAGAAGAUCUAUGCCAUGCCUGAUCCUACUGUCCCUGACAGUGACAUCAAAGCCCUCACUACACUGUGUGACUUGGCUGACCGGGAGUUGGUGGUUAUCAUUGGAUGGGCGAAGCAUAUUCCAGGCUUCUCCACGCUGUCCCUGGCGGACCAGAUGAGCCUUCUGCAGAGUGCUUGGAUGGAAAUUUUGAUCCUUGGUGUCGUAUACCGAUCUCUUUCAUUCGAGGAUGAACUUGUCUAUGCCGAUGAUUAUAUAAUGGAUGAAGACCAGUCCAAAUUAGCAGGCCUUCUUGACCUAAAUAAUGCUAUCCUGCAGCUGGUAAAGAAAUACAAGAGCAUGAAGCUGGAGAAAGAAGAAUUUGUCACCCUCAAAGCAAUAGCUCUUGCUAAUUCAGACUCCAUGCACAUAGAGGACGUGGAGGCCGUUCAGAAGCUGCAGGAUGUGCUGCACGAGGCGCUGCAGGAUUACGAGGCGGGCCAGCACAUGGAGGACCCGCGCAGGGCCGGCAAGAUGCUGAUGACGCUGCCGCUCCUGAGGCAGACCUCCACCAAGGCGGUGCAGCACUUCUACAACAUCAAACUGGAAGGCAAAGUCCCCAUGCACAAACUUUUUUUGGAAAUGCUGGAGGCCAAGGUCUGACUACAGGCUUCCCGGGCCUUCCUAACCUGCACGCCGGAAAAGGGAAAACUAAACCCAAGAGCGAUGUCGAAGAAACUUAGCGUUUAGGCACCAACAUCAAAAAUCAACGGACUGCACUGAUCAUUUAGCAGCAAGACUAUGAAGCAGCUUUCAGAUUCCUCCGAAUCCUCCUGAUGCGUUUCUUUCUCCCUUUUCUCAUCUUCCUUCUGCCUUUCUUCCCUCCUUUCUCGUCCGCUUUACUGCUUUCUUUUCUGCCUCCCUGAGUCCUCCUCUCCCUCAUUUCGUGGCUUCCUUCACUACCGCUUCCCUUUCUCCUUCACUGCCUUCCUUCCCUCUUCCUUCUCCUCCUCCUCUUUUCUCCUCCUUCCCCUUUCUGCUCAACUGAACAUUUCUCUAGUUGUAAGGAAAUUGUCCCCUGCCUUGCCUUGCCUUGUCUGUCCUUCCUUCCUUUCCUUUUUCUUCCUUCCUUCCUUCCUUCCUUCCUUUUAUUUCUUCCUUCCUUCCUUCCUUUUAUUUCUUCCUUCCUUCCUUUCCUUUCUUCCUUUCCCUUCUUCCUUCCUUUCCUUUCCUUUCCUUUCCUUUCCUUUCCUUUCCUUUCCUUUCCUUUCCUUUCCUUUCCCCUUUCCUUUCCUCUUUCCUUUCUUUCCUUCCCCCCUCCCUCCCUCCCUUCCUUCCUUCUGCUGCUGAACUUUUAAGAGGUCUCUAACUGAAGUGAGAUGGAAGCCAGCCCUGCCAAAGGAUGGGGAUCCAUAAUAUGGAUACCAGUGAGCUUGUUGUGAACCAUGACGUCCCCAAUGACUAAGGAAUCAAAGCGAGAGAGAACCAACGUACCUAAAAGUACAGCGCAACACAGACCAAUUGACUUGAGUGCAGUAUUAGAUUUCACGGGAGCAGCCUCUAAUUAGACAACUUCAGCAACGUGGCAUCGGCUGCUUCUUAUCAUUGCUUUUCCAUCUAGAUCAGUUACAGCCAUUUGAUUCCUUAAUUGUUUUUUCAAGUCUUCCAGGUAUUUGUUAGUUUAGCUACUAUGUAACUUUUUCAGGGAAUAGUUUAAGCUUUAUUCAUUCAUGCAAUACUAAAGAGAAAUAAGAAUACUGCGAUUUUGUGCUGGCUUUGAACACUUACGAACAAUAAUGAAGGACAAAUGAAUCCUGAAGGAAGAUUUUUAAAAAAAAAAUGUUUUGUUUCUUCUUACAAAUGGAGAUUUUUUUGUACCAGCUUUACCACUUUUCAGCCAUUUAUUAAUAUGGGAAUUUAACUUACUCAAGCAAUAGUUGAAGGGAAGGUGCAUAUUAUCACGGAUGCAAUUUAUGUUGUGUGCCAGUCUGGUCCCAAACAUCAAUUUCUUAACAUGAGCUCCAGUUUACCUAAAUGUUCACUAACACAAAGGAUUAGAUUACACCUACAGUGGCUCCGAGUAGUCACGCACGUAAAGCACCGCACAUGGAGUACAGAUCCGUAGAAUGAUCAGGAGUGCGCCUCUCUACCUGGGAGGCACAGUUGCCAUAUGAUUUCUAGCUGCCAUGGUGGUUAGGAAUGAGAUACUGCCUGUUUGCAAAGUUACAGACCUUGUCUCCGAAGGAGCUGUGAGCCAGUAUUCAUUUAAGAGGCAAUAAGGCAAACGCCAGAAUUUGAGAAAAAAAAAAAAAAAAAACAAAAACAAACAAACAAACAAAUCAUCAAAGACAGCAGACGCCUGACCAAAUUCUAAAACCUAAUCUUUUAUGAGUUUAUUCAUUUAGGAAUGUUUGUUUAAAUUAAUCUGCAGGUUUUACCAAGAGCUAAGCCAAUAGGUGUGCUUCUCAACCAGUAUUGUCACAGCAAGAAAGUCAGUCAGGUUCCAGACUGUUAAGAGGUGUAAUCUAAUGAAGAAAUCAAUUAGAUGCCCCCCGAAAUCUACAGUCGCUGAAUAACCAAUAAACAGUAAC